CAAGUUUUUGUGACACUCUUCUGCUUGUGCACUCACACUUGGAAAUCCACAUAUAAUGUUGAAGCAUUUCCAAUUGGGAAGAUGGACUGUGCUGGUCUCCUCCCCACCCAAAUCACCGUUUUCUCCAAAUGCAACCACCAUCACCUCCUCCUCCUCUGAAUCUGCAGCUACCAGAUAUUUCAGUACAUGCCGUGCCUCAGCCUUCAACGUGAAUGCCUUUAGACCAAGGGGCUUGAGCACUCGAUGCGCUGCCAGGCGGAGAGUGCUCAGAUACGACGAUGACGAGGAUGAUGAUGAGGACGUCGAGUACGGACACAAUAAGGAGAUAGCAGUGUUGGAAUUAUACAGUCAGAGUGUGAGAGGAGAAGCACUUAUCGUGCAUGCAUUGGUGGAUGACCAGGAUGUAGAAGUGCUUAUCUUCAAGGGAUUCUCUUCGAGCUUGAGUUAUGGGACGUCACCGGACCCAUCGAAGAGCAUUCUUCCAGCAAGGGCAGUGAUCAAGGCUAUAGACAGGGUGAAAGGACCUUUUGACCCUUCUAAUAUUGAAUACUUGCAGAAAGGCCUCACCUGGGAAGCGUUUAAGAGCACUACUCUACCCCCCAACUUACAACUCCCAAUUUGAAUUUAGGCGUAUUUUUUGUAAUGCCCCUUAAAACUUGACUUCAAUCUCGCUCUUUUCUCUGUAACUCAUAGUAUUUUGCUAUUGUUAUUACAUAUUUUCUUCAAUA